AUGACUAAAAACGAAAAAUUAGCCCCUAUUCAUCCUGGUAAAACCUUAGAAAGACAAUUCUUUCAACCUUUACAAUUAACAAGGAAACAAUUAGCCCAAGAUUUACAUUUACCCCUUUAUCAAUUAGAAAAUCUAAUUAACGAAAAAGAAAAAAUAACUCCUGAAAUUGCUUAUCGUUUAAGUUGUUAUUUUCAAAUUGAAGCCGAGGUAUUUCUCAAUCUCCAACAACAUUACGAUUUAGAAGUUUGGAAAGAUAGACAAGAAAUUUAUAUUAGAGGACAGAUUAAACCUUAUGAAACUAUUCACGAUUUAAAUGAUAGUGAAAAAGCAAUUUUUGAUAACGAUAUUUUAAAGAAAGUGAAAACGGAUGGUAGCCUCGAUACAGAUCCUGAUUCCACUAAACUUAAAGGAGCCUUAGUUCUUUUACUAAAUGUCAAGGCUAGCCAAGAAAAAGUAAAAACAGAAACCAUGGGUUUAAGUUCGGAUGGACAAGCACUAAUGAUUUCUCUAUUAACCGAACAAAAAGGUAAUUCAGCUCCUUAUCAAGCCGUUAAUCAAAUGGGGAAUGAUAAACCGGUUGACAAAGUUAUUCGUCAAUUUGAAGAUGUUUUAUUUGCGGAAUCUGAACCUGAAUUUGAUCAAAAAAUUGAAGUUGCCCUUCUUAAAAUCAAAGAUUUAGAUGAAAAAGGAGAAAAAGUUGACAAAGAAAUCACUAAAUUACGAAAAAAAUAUAAUCAAGAAUUAUUUGCUGAACAAACUGAAUUAGAAAAAAAUGUUGCUAAGGCAGUUACUGCUUUAAAAGCUGAUUUAGCAACUGGUCAAAUUGGUCAUAAGAUUUUGAAACAAAUUAUCCAAUUUAAUAAAGUAGUUGCACAAAUAAAUUAUACAUCAACUGUAACGGCUUCGUCCGAUGUUUUAGGAUCAGUCAUCCAAACUGGUUAUAAUGGGAAUAAUAGACCUUAUACUCAUCCAAUUGAUGAAGAAAUGGAAACAAUGAGCGAAGAUGAAUUAAUUAAAAAAAACAACAUCUAUAUUAGUGACAUUUUCUACAUCAUGCAUGCUCUCUUUCCCAAAGAUAGCAAUUAUAAAGAUAGUCCUUUCUUAAAAACUGGAGCUGAUGCCAGUGUUAAAAACAAAAAAUAUUCUUCUGAUGGUAAAAUACCUGAAUUCUUUUGGCAAGUUUAUAAUAAUAAUGAUGCUAUUGAUUUUACUGCCGAUUAUAAAGUGUUAAAUAAAGAUGGAAACCCAGAAGAAUUAGUUAGAGAAGAAAUUUCUGUUUAUGAGAAGAAAUUGAAAGCGGGGCGAAAGUUUCUUUUCCAUAUUAUGGGAAGUUCUUAUCGAGAACACAUUAUUGAAGUUAUUGAAAGUAUAAAAGAUGCUUCUGAUAAUUCUUUGAUUGAUCCAAUUGAGCUUGAAAAUGAGUGGGAAGAUAUUUUUUUAGAUAUAAUAUCACGGAUAGGAAAUACUUUUAAUCUUUUUAGGCAGCGAGCGGCAGGACUGAGUUUUGAUCAACUUUUAGCUAAAAUCAAGGGCGAAUUACCUAAUGAUAAUGUUGAGAAAAAAGUUUUAGAAAGCAAUGAAAAAUUAUUAGGUGAUAAAUUAAUUGAAAGAAGUGAGAUUAAUGCUAAACGAAAAGAAACGGUAGAUGAGUGUAAUAAUGCUAAAAAAUUAGAAAAAAUCGCCAAACAAGGAGGAAUGAAAGCUUUGAAAGACACCUUUAAUGCCAUCAAUGCCAAAACUAAAAAGAGUUACCGAGAAUUGCUUUUUUUAAGAAGUAUUUUAGCACUAGUAGAAAAAUGGCAAAAUGAUUAUCCUACUCUAUACCCCGCUGACUCCGCCUUUGAUGUAACUACCUUAACCCAAGCAUUAAAUGAUGAAGAAAAGGCUCGCGGAGCCAAUGAUGGUAAAUUUUAUAGUAAAGAAGUGGAGAGAAGUUAUCUUACUCGGAUUAAAGAAGUUUUAGAGUUAUUUGAUACUAAUCAGUUAAGUAAGACAGAAAAAAAUGAAUUAGAUCAAAUUAAUAAUCAUCUAAAUGAAGUGCCGGUACCAACCGAAAAAAGAAUUACUCCGAGUGAACUUAAAGAGGAUGCUAAUGAAAUUAAAAAAUUAGCCGAUAAAGUUAAUAGUGGUAAAAUUAAAAAACCGGACUUUGUCAAGUACUUAAAAGAAAAUUUAGCUACUAAUCCAGCUUUACCAGAAUUCCCCGACACAGUGAUUGAAACCAUUGCUACCCAAGAACUAGUUGCCGAUAGUACCCUCAAAGAUACUAUCGUUAAGGAAAUGAAAGAUUAUAAAGAAGGAGACAAGACCCUAGACAGUGCUAAGUAUCCAAAAGAUGACCAAGGAGCCUUUACAGUAGAGGCCAUUAAUACUUAUUAUUAUGAAAAAUUAGCGGGUCAAAGUCAUUCUACUAAACAGGAGAUUCCGGAUAAGAGAGAUGAGAAUGAAGGUGAAUUAAAUUUAUCAGGUUUCACUAAUUUAACAAGAUUAGAUUGUGACAAUAACAAACUAAAUAAAUUGGAUUUAAGUGACUGUUCUAACUUAGAAGUUUUUUAUUGUCGAGGUAAUAAACUGACCAAUGUAAUUUAUCCCUCAAAUUCUGAAAAGUUAACUGUUAUAAAUGUAAGAAAUAAUAAUCUUGAGGAACAGAACUUAUUAGUUUUUAAUCGGUUUAUCAGUUUAACUCAUUUAAUUAUCGGCAACGAUAAUAGUUAUGAAAAAAAGAUAAACCAAGAUUCAGGUUUAGAAAAUUUACCAAAGAGUGUUGGAACUUUAACUUGUGAAACUAUACCUAAUGGCAAAUUUAAGGUAAAUAAAAUUAGAGAAGAACUUGCCCUUUAUGAUAAUAGUAUUGAGAAAGGUUAUGAUGACAUUUCUAAAUUUAAAGUAGAAGAUAUAGAAGGUUUAGAAGCCGAACUAAAUUUGAACAAAUGUCUAAAGUUAAAAGAACUUAAUUGUGGUUAUAAUAAAUUAACUAAAUUAGAUUUAUCCGGUCUAAAUGAAUUAGAAAAAGUUAAGUGUCAUAAUAAUUGUCUAGAAAGUUUCGAUUACUCAUCUUUAAACCCAAAAAAUAGUGAUGAAGAUAUUCAGCAAGGAUUUUUCACUAAUCACUUCUUUGGAUCUUUAGAACCAUUGAAAAACUUAACCAAGUUAAAAAACCUUAAUAUUUCCAAUACUGACAUUGAUACGGGUAUUGAACAUCUACCUGAUAGUUUGGAAAAAGCUUACUGUGAUUUUGAAGAAAGACCCGAUAGUAAGGUAAAAAAUAUUCAGGAAAAAUUAGAUUCUCUUCUUACUAAAAAAAAAUUAGAUAGAAUGUAUCCUGAUAAAUCUGCUAAGAUAUUAAAUAACCUUUACUCAGAAGGAUUGAAAGGUCAUUUGGAUUUAAGUGAUUAUAAGGAUUUAGAAGAUUUAAGAUGUCAUAAGAAUGCUUUGACUAGCAUAAACUUGAGCAAAAACACUAAACUUAAAAAGUUUUAUUGUUAUAAUAACAAACUAAAAGAAAUUAACCUUAGAAAUAACAUUAAUUUAGAAGAGUUAAAUUGUAAGGAUAAUAGUUUAACUAGCCUCGUAGGUAUUGAAAAUUGUAGUAAAUUGUUUAAUUUGGAGUUUUCUGGUAACUACUUUAGCGUGGAGGAAAAGAAAGUGAUAGACGAGUUAUUUGAAAAGUUACGAAAUUUUGAUGUAGAAAGUAAAGGUAAAGAGAGAGAAAUAAUUAAAGAAUUAGACAUUAGUAACCAGGAAUUAAAUGGUAAACUAGAAUUAGGGGGAUUUAGUGGUCUUAAGCACUUGACUUGUCGUAACAAUCAACUAACUGAAAUUGAUUUAAGCGAUUGUCCGAAAUUAGUAAGCAUUGAUUGUAGAAAUAACAAACUAAAUAAAUUAUCAUUUGCUGAAAGUUGCAAUUUGAAAGAAUUACAAGCUUCUAAUAAUGAAUUUACUAGUGUAGAGCAAAUUUUUAGUAAAAUAGAAGAUAAAACUAAGGAUAAAUAUUCUGCCUCAACUUUAACUCAUUUCGAUAUUAAUAAAAAUAGAAUUAGGGAGGGUAAAUUAAGUAAUUUUGCUAAAUUUAAAAAUUUAAAAAGUUUAUAUAUUGGUAGUAAUGAUGAAAGCAAACAGAAUAAAUUUACUGGUUCAUUAGAGGAUUUAAAAAAUCUGAACGAAUUGCUUGAAAUUGAUAUUUGUGGUAGUGGUAUUGAAGUUGAAAAUUUUUUAAGGGGAAAGAUAAAAAAAAUAAACCGAGAGCCGUUAUUAGAGAAACAAAAAAGUAAAGAAACCAAAUUAGAAAAAAUUUAUUAUGUUGAUAGCAAAGACAAUAAGAGAGAUGUUAAAGAAUCGGUAAAAACAGAAAUAGAAGAAUGCUACGAUAAAGAAGGAAAUUUUUAUGAUGUGAAGAAAUUAAAGAGUGGAAAAAUAUCGUUCCAUGAAACCGCUGGUGUAAAGUCAAUGGUGAAAACUCCUUUUGAUGAAGUCCCUGAAGAUGCUACAAGUGAUUUAAGUGCUGGUGGGAUAAAAUCUUUAAACAAAGCUCUUAAAACUCUCAAAUUGUGUAUUAACCAAAAUGAUCCUAAUGAAAAACAACAUGAAGUUCCAAAAAUGAGGGAGUACUACGGUAAUGCUACUGUAACUUUGGUAGCAAUACAUGAAACUGUUGGAGAAGAAACUAUGAAAAAAUUAUUGAAUUCUUUUGAAAAAGGAGAAAGAAGAGGAAGAACUAUUGCUCUCGAUGGUAUCUACUCAAUAAUUGGACUAUUGCCUUAUGGAGAUAAAGUGAAAGUUAAUUAUGAAAAAGGUCCCGAAUCAGUGUUGCGAGAAGUUAUGUUUAUUGCCGCUAAAAAUGGGUAUGGUGAACCUUUAGCUUGGCAUGGUUCUGGGAGUAAAAAACCAGGAUUAUGUUGGGUACCGGAAAUAGAUGCUAAAAGCGGUUCAAGUAGUGUAAAAGGAAGUUGGAAAGAUAGUGGUAUAUACAAGAAGGAAGUGGAAGAAACAGUGGAUGAUCUAUUAAGAAUAGAAGAAGGUUAUGAAAAUUUAGAGAAAUUAGGAGUUAAAGAAAAACAAUUCAUAAUCGGUCUAGAUAAUCAACAAUAUCAAACUCAAAUUGAAGAAGAAGUUCAAAUGAAAGAAAAGCAAUAUCUCUAUGGCAAUAUAGACUAUACUUCUUUGGUUAAAGCUCGUAAUUUCUUGGCUGAAAUUCUCCAAAAUGCUAAAAACGAUUAUGAAAAGACAGGAGUGGUAAAGGCUUUUGAAUUUUGUUAUGAGUUGGCUUGGAGACUAAUGAAAAAAAUAAUUAGAUUUCAUGGGACAGAAUUAGAUAGUGUUCGGGAUGUUUUUCGAGAAGCUAAUAAAUUAAAAAUUAUUACGGAUGCUGAAAAAUGA